GCACUUCUGUUUAUUUACCUUCAAAACAGAAUCUUUGCGAAAAGUUCGUGUCGCCUAAUAUUAGGCUUCGUUUAAGAAACAUCCGUUCCCUUCGUUCCUGACACCAAAGUUUUACUUCUGCUUUAUGUAACUUUCCAUCAAGAUACAAUUGAGAGCCAGUAAUUUAUCUUUUACUAUAGAAAACCUCGAAGUUCCCAGAAAGGGAGUCUGGCAACGCCUUGCGUCAUGCUCGAGAUCCUCGGUGCCAGAACAUUGCUGAUCACUGCUUUCAAUUUCCACCAGUUUGCUCCCGCUUCUGUCGUUGACUGGAAUCCUGCCUCCAUCAGUUGAUCUUUCAGUUUUAGUUCGGUUCCGGAGACAUGGUGGUGCCGCAAUUCCUAGUUUCCGUACUGUGCCGCGUACUCGUGAUCAAAAGAGGUGAGGUUCCGCUCCACGUUUCGCUGCUUCCAUCCGGUACCUGUUCGUACUGCUGUCCCAUCAACUUGGACCGCGACAUCGAUUAUCUGUUGUACACCAGACGGAAUCCAACUUACCCGACCAGGCUGGACAUCUCGAAUCCCUACUCCUUGCGGAACAGUAAUUUCGACAACCGAUAUCCAACCGUGAUCUUCAUCCAUGGAUACAGCGACAGUGCAUCCGGAGGUAGCUCCAUCACAACUCGAGACGUGUACCUCAAGCGAGGACAACACAACGUGAUACUAGUGGAUUGGGCGAAGUUGGCAGGCUUGCCUUGGUACGUGACAGCUGUUCGAAACACGAAAAUCGUUGGACCUCAAGUCGCUCGUUUUGUGAAAUGGUUGGAUGCUCAAGGUGCAGUGCCUUUCUCAAAGCUCCAUGUAAUUGGAUUCAGCCUAGGCGCCGAGAUCGCUGGGUUCAUGGGAAAGGCGUUAGCCCCACGAAAAGUCGGUCGGAUCACUGGAUUGGACCCAGCUUAUCCUCUCUACAAGAACACCGGCAGAGAGGGACAUUUGACAGCGGCUGACGCGACGUUCGUAGACGUGAUUCAUACCGACGGCGGAAACUUCGGUUUUCCGAAUCCUCUGGGUCACGUGGACUUUUAUCCAAACGGUGGCAAACCGAUUCAACCCGGUUGCACUCUGGGAAACGUGAUCCGCCGAAGCGUUUCGCGUAUCAUCAAUCAGUACAUUGUUUGCGGACACAAUCGAGCUUGGAUGCUGUACGCGGAAUCCGUGACGAAUCCUUCUGGGUUUCCUGCCAGCCGUUGUCCUAGGUGGCGUCCAGAUAUUCGAGCAAAUUGCAUAUGGACCCCUGAGGUUUUAAUGGGAUACGCUGUGCCGUCGACAGUCAGAGGGAAGUUCUAUUUGAGGACAAACGGAAACCCACCUUACGCCAGGAACAUGACCGGAUACAUAGGGAAAUGACAGGCAUCGGUUCGAGUUUGGAUGAACCAAACGAGUAGCACCGAUGUUACUACCGAUUAACUUGUUUCAUUCCUUUAAAUCAUGUCUAGAAGACAUUGUAUCGCUACCGUAAAACGGGAGGACUUGAUUAACUUCAACAUUUCUUUUUCCGCUCUAAUCAUUUCACAACGGUAGAUUUUUAGACUGUUUAUUAUCUCGUACAAUUUGUCUUCGAGUCGGACGAUAUUUGUUCUCAAGUCUCGCGUUUACGACGCGCACAAGUUUCUCGUCAAGUCAGGAAUAAUUCUUACCACGGUAUGGUAAAAUGCGUCACGGUGGAAUUUAUGGUUCAAGAAUUUAGAAGUUCGGUAACUUUUGUCGGGCCACUUGAGCAAGAUACCGCAUACAAGUUUUCUGCCUAGCGAUGUGACAAAUCUAUGUUAAUAGUCGACAAUAAAAGUCUCCAUUUAUCGUCGGACAAGGUUUCUUCCCUUUGCGAUUAGAGGCAUAACAAGCUGACCAGGAUGCGCCGAGACAAAGUUGAACUAUGCGUGGUUCUCGUGCCGCUUUCGAUGCACCUUGGCUGCCCUCGAAAUAUGGAAAUUCCAAGGACAAGUACUUCCCUAUUCUCGGUUUUAGGCGAUCGAUAACGGUCGCUUGAAAAGACCCCGCGAGUCGAGGGUAAUUGCGUUAAACAGUUUAUAAGCCCCAGUCUGGCAUCGAAGCGCGCUGGAAACAGGGGCACGGUGACGAAUA